UGUGCUGUAUUAGUCAUUAAAAGCAAAACAUCACAGCUUUAAUCUUCCUGAUUUUGCAGCAUGUUACUACAAUUAGAGGACAUCAGAUAGAUUCAACCAGCUGCCUUAUAUGGAGGCACCACACAAAAGUCACAAAAUCUUUGUAGUUUAAUUACAAAACAAACGGAUCCCAGAUAGUUUACGGUCACUGAAGUCAGUAUCGAUAAAGUGUCAGUACCUCAUACAACCCUGAACUGCACCUGUAUUGGUGCCCAUUACAUAUUUAUGACUGUCUUUGAUGUUUAAAUUAACUUUGUCACGUUUUUACGCAGGUCAAUGAAAAAGAACUACACAACCCAUCAUGCAAUUCACGUUAGUGCUUAUUAACUUCCGGGGCGCGCUGUUAUAAGAUGAAAUGUUGUGGUUCUGUCAACUUCUCCCAACUUUAGCCUGGGUUUGGGUUCGUGUAUUUGUGUAUAGGCGACUUUUGAAUUGUUAGCAGUGUCACCAAUGGACGCAAUAAACAAACACCGUUCACUUUAUAAAGGAACGACACCACCAUGGAAAGAAACGUAUCGAAAGCGCUGCGUGGACAGGUUGAAAAACAGCCGGUCCAGGCUGCUGGAGAGGUACCGUCAGACGGGAGAGAGUCCGCAGCUCAGCGGCUCCGGGGCCUCUAUGAUCGUCCAGGAGGUGAUGGAGGAAGAGUGGAGCGCCCUUCAGUCAGAGAGGCGGGGACUGCCCUCUCUAUGGGGGCCGGAGGGCUUUACAGAGAUGUUCAGUGUUAUGAAAGAAUAUGAUGAGCUGGCAGUCCUUGAAGAAAUCCAACAAGAGCUCAUGUCUCAAGAAAUGUCUAUUAUUGAUGAGUAUGAGAGAAACCUGCUGUUUGAACAGCAGUACAUCUCGUCUGUUGUGGAAGGGAUGGAAGAGAUGCAUAUUAUUUGCCCCAUGUGUUGCGCGAACAAUUUAAAUAUCAACAGCCAUUUUAUCUCCUGUCCCUGUGGAGUGUACAUCAACACUAAGAAACGUAACAUAACUCCAGACGUCCUGCGCCAUCUGCUAGAGUCCCGGGUGUCGGAGCACAUGGAAGACUGUCUCCACAACCCUGUUUUCUCUGUAGCGGCAAACACUGACAGCUCUUCAAACCUGAUGAUCAGCUGCAAGGUUUGUGACUAUUUGUCCAUCGUCCUGUGAACGCACACACAGCUAUCAUGAGUGACUCCGCUCGUGAGAUUUCAUUUUGAGUAUUUUGUACUCUGUAUGUUUUGUUUUGUGCAAUAAAGACUAUAUUUUUUAAAUA